UGCUCACUUCAUCUCAACCAUUCGGAUUGAUCAGAGUAUCAAUUGUGAAAAGGCGAAUAAUCCAUUAUUCAAUCUCAUUCAUUUUAAUGAUCAUUAUUCCACUGCUCAUAUUAAUCUCAAGCCUCUUCACAAUAACCCAAACCUGCCCAAACCACUCGUCCCUCCACACCCUCACUCUCAAAAUGCCGGAAACCUACAACAAAGCCUUCAUCCCCCUCGAAUCAAACCCCCUCGUCUUCAACGAACUCAUCGCCGCCCUCGGCGCCUCGCGCAACCUUCACUUCCAAGACGUCUUCGCCCUCGACGACCCGGCCUUCCUCCCACCCAAGAUCCUCGCCCUCGUUCUCGUCUUUCCCACAACGCCAACCUAUGAAGCGCGGCUGACGGCCGAAGACGCCGGCGCAAAGGACUGGAUGGUGGAACACGAUGAGGAGGACGAGGAUGCGGUUUGGUUUAAGCAGACUAUCAACAAUGCCUGUGGUUUGUAUGCUGUUUUGCAUGCUCUGGCAAACGGCCGGGCCAAAGACUUUCUGACACCGGGAUCGUUGUUAGAUAGCCUCCUGUCCAUCACAGCGCCCAUGGACCCAGCCCAGGCCGCCAUGGUGCUGGAGGGCUCAACAGAACUCGAGGAUGCGUACGCUGCCAUCGCGACAAAGGGCGACACGGCGGCACCGCAAAGUGCAGAGGACGAGGUCUACUUCCACUACAUCUGCUUCGUCAAAUCACCAGACACUGGCCACCUCUACGAGCUGGACGGAGAUCGUAAAGGCCCGGUGGACAGAGGGAUCCCAGACGAAGAGGAAAAGGUGGAUCUCGGACCAGAGUCCAUAGACAUUGUCAGAAAAUUCAUUCAGCAAGGAGGAGACGAUAUUGGCUUCAGCCUCUUGGCUCUGACGGAAGGGGUAUGAACGAGCACAUUUGCGUCUAUGUGGAAAAUCAUUCUCGGGCACAGCCAGGCCCGACUAGCACGUUCUGGCCGAGGAGUCACGGUG